AACGAUCAUAUAAUAUAACCUAUAAAUUGGGUAAUUCAUAAAAAACAACAUAGUUAAAGUCGAAACAGUAGGUCGUAGAUCUCUAUAUUUGGCGAAAGUAGCUAAUGAAUGUUAUUGGCACCCUAAUUUAAUAUCUAAUACCAUACAGAAUGAUUUUCAGAAAACUUCCUCUGCGGUUGUACACGCAAAGCUGCAAAGCUUAUUACGUCACAAAGGCACCCAAGCCCGAGAUUCCUAAGAACCCCAUGGCCGAGGUGUACUCGGCUUCGGCGCAGAAGAGUAAUGGCAUUGUUUACGACAGGAAGCCGUUUAAGGUUACGCUGCAGGAAGGCAAGACGUACCACUGGUGCCUCUGCGGGCGCUCCAAGUCGCAGCCGCUGUGCGACGGCACCCACAAGGACGUGUAUCUGAAGAUAACACAAAGACCGAUAAGGUUCACCGUUGAGAAGACAAAAGAUUACUGGCUGUGCAACUGCAAGCAGACCAAGAACCGGCCGUUCUGCGAUGGCACCCACAAGUCCAAAGAAGUACAGGAGACACACAUUAAGGUUUAAAUGGAGUCCGCCCUGUGUCUCCGGUUUGACUCACGGGGCACCCACUCCGUGGUUGUCUUUGCCCACAAGUCAUUCGGCAUGCGGUAAACAUGACCUGCCCAGUCCCACUUUUUUAAGGAUAAAUAAAAAUAAAAAACAAUACAGGUAACAAACAAAAGAAGGUAGAGAGGUCAGGAAAACUUUCCAUACAAAGGGAGGUUGUGGACCGUUUUCUUACCGAGGGUGUUGUAACCAGCAAAACGUUAAAAAACAAGCUUCACAGAAACAAUUUCAUUUAUUAUUGAGGAUUGAACAAUGAACAGUCGCCAUCAGAUAUAUCGGAGCGGCCGAGGUGCUCACAAAUAUCUAAACACGC